AUGACGCACCUCGAUCUCGCACCCAGCACAUCAUCGUCAUCUGCCUUGCAGGUCUCCGCACCGCGCAACGUCCGACAGGUCUUCUUGGCAGAGUUUGACGAGCGUAAAGGCCCGACCAUCGUCUUUGCCCAUCCUUUGCCAGCUCCAAACCUCGAAUGGAGGUCUCUUCCAUCCGGCUCUCACGCGCUCGAGCAUCCAGACAUCAUAUCCUUCCUGACCGAAAAUGAGGAUGAACACAGUGUAGUCGCUGCCGUCGUGAGGAGUCGGAGUACAGCAGGAGAAGAGGGUGCGGAAUCACGGGGAAAUAGGGUCAUCACUGUUGGUGCUGUCCUGGCUUGUGCAGACUCGACGCCGGCAUCGCAUCACUUUGCCUCGACGCUGCAUACCGCAGCGCUUACCCAACUUGCUGAACGCCUCUCAUACACGCCCAACGACACUGCGGCGCUUCGAGAGUGGCAGACAAAUCUGGCGCAGAGCGAUUCGGGUACGUCAGCAGACUCGGAGGCUAGGAAGGCGGCGGGCGAUGCGCGACGACUGCGCUCCCCGAAUGAUAGUCUGCUCUCGCUACCUUCGCUGUCAUCCGCCCUCGGCCCUCUCCUACCCGUUGUACUGAAGAGGUGCUUGACGCCGCACCAUCGGCUCUUGAUUUUCUCUCCCGCCGGUGUGCCAACAUCCAGAGCACUCACUAUUCAUUCCGCUCUGGCCGAGCUGGCUCAUGCAGCUGGUGCUUUUCCCCUGGCUCGCGGACUGCUCGCACUUCCAGACUUGGGCAAGCUCAUGACGGAGCAAAGUAGAGAGGGAGGAUGGAUUGCGGUCACGCCGGAUGCUCUCUUUCUCGAAAAGCCGCAGCUUUCUGACACCAUACUGGACUUGAGACCCUUGGCUACGGGCUCAGAAGCAUCUAGCAACUUGCCGACGUUGCAAUUGACAGCGAAUUUACCACCAGCGGCCGGGCGGACCGUACCCAACUUCAGACUUAGCAAAGCGGUCUGGGGAGCGGCAGAUUUUGCAAUUUGGAGGAACAUGGAAGAUGCAAGCAUACUGCGUGCGCGAAAGAAGAGGCGACGCCCUUCAGAAGAUCGACGAGGCGAGGCAGGCUUGCGCGGUCAGUUGGCCCAAAGCUCCAACAGGCAGGUGGCAGCACCUGCAGAUGCGAGCCGCACAAGUCUGAUCGUCGCCCUCAUCAGGUACUUUCUUGCAGGUUGGCUCUGGUUCCCACUUCUCGGUGCGGGCUCCGCUUACGGCACACCUGCAUAUGGCUGGGUCCCCACCAACGUCCGGAGCGAUGGAGGCGCAAUCGGGAGCGUGAUGCUGCUAGAAGAUGAUGAUGCGCAGCAUAGCGACUCGAGCGGCUCGGAUACUACAGGCUCGGCCGAACAUGUGGCUCCAGCGGCGACGCGUGCGCAUAAGAGCCUCUCGACCAGCACUCAAGCGGACUCGUCUGCUUCGUCCGGUCUCAGAGCAAGAAACGCGGGUCGCGACCGCUCGGGCUCUAGCAUAUCGAGCAGUAGCAGAGCCUUCGAGGAGGAUGAAGAUCCACUAAUUGCAGCGGCAGGCGGUAGCCUCGCAUCGCGACGACGGCGAUCUGUCGUCAACGUAGGCGACAUUUUUAGCGCGCAAAGCGCAUCCCAAAGCGGUAUACUUCGGGACGGUCAACCUGCUCAAGCUCGGCUCGCUGACGCCCUAUUUCAGGAGUGGUCAUCGUGGGCUCAAAGCGUGCGCCAGGAUGUGCUGGCAAAAGUUCGGGAGAUGAGAGAUGUUCGACCUGCGCCACCGCUGCAUGAGAUUGGUCACCGGGUGAUGAGGGAGAUGGACCUGAGUGCGAGGUCAGACUGGGAUGUGGAUCUGGUCGUCAAGCUGGCAGAGAGGGAGGGGCUGAAGCUGCAGAUUCGAAGACCAUGGGGGUGGAGUUUUGGAUUCUUCUGA